AUGGACGCUUACGGUGGAAAUGAUGAAGAGAGUGCUGAGUUGCGAAAGCUCUUGGCCGAGGUGAACGAUGACUCGGACAACUUCGAGAUCUGGGAGAAGCUCGUUCGCGCCGCCGAGGCACUCGAAGGCGGAAUCAACAGGAACUCGAGUUCGCAGGCAAUCACGGCCGUCCGGAACGUCUAUGACCGCUUCCUCCUCAAGUUCCCUCUUUUCUUUGGCUACUGGAAAAAGUAUGCCGACCUGGAGUUCUCGAUAGCGGGAACCGAGGCCGCCGACAUGGUCUACGAACGCGGGAUUGCCAGUAUCACCAACUCGGUAGAUCUGUGGACAAACUACUGCUCAUUCAAGACCGAGACAAGCCACGAUUCCGAUGGCAUUCGAGAGCUCUUUGAGAGAGGAGCAGUGUGUGUUGGCCUCGACUUCCUCGCCCAUCCCUUCUGGGAUAAGUACAUUGAGUUCGAAGAGCGCAUGGAAGGAUUUGACCGAAUCUUCGCCAUCCUCGGCAGAAUCAUCCACAUACCUAUGCAUCAAUAUGCGAGAUACUUCGAGAAGUACCGGCAGAUGGCACAGACACGCCCGCUCUCUGCCAUUGCGCCGCCCGGUACCCUCACUCAGCUGCAGAUGGAUAUCGAGAACGAGGGUGCCGGUUAUAAAGCCGGCCGAAGCCAAACAGAAGUGGAGCGAGAGUUACGUGCCCGGAUUGACAAUUAUCACCUCGAGAUUUUCAGGCGGACACAGACCGAGACUACGAAACGAUGGACCUAUGAAUCCGAAAUCAAGCGGCCAUAUUUCCACGUGACAGACCUUGACGAGGCUCAAUUGGCAAACUGGCGCAAGUAUCUCGACUUUGAAGAGUCAGAAGGUGACUACACCCGCACUCAGUUCUUGUAUGAACGCUGCUUGGUCACCUGUGCCCAGCAUGAUGAAUUCUGGUUAAGAUACGCCCGGUGGAUGCUCGCCCAGCAGGGCAAGGAAGAGGAAGUUCGAAACAUCUAUCAAAGAGCAUCCUGCUUCUAUGUCCCAAUCGCGCUACCAACAACCAGACUUCAGUACGCAUAUUUCGAAGAAAUGACGGGUCGGGUUGAUGUGGCAAAGGACAUACACGAUGCCAUCCUCAUCCAGCUCCCUGGCCACGUCGAGACAAUUGUCUCCUUGGCGAAUAUAAAUCGACGUCAUUCGGGCUUGGAGGCAGCUGUUGCCGUGUACCAAAGUCAUCUCGAGUCUUCAACCAUUGACUCUGCGUCCAAAGCUGCUCUCGUGGCAGAGUGGGCGAAACUCCUCUGGAAGGUCAAGGGCUCACCGGAAGAGGCUCGCCAGAUCUUUCAGCAGAAUCAACAUUGGUACCUCGAGAGCCCGGCGUUCUGGACCAGCUACCUGCGUUUUGAGAUUGAUCAACCCACGAGCAGCGAGACGGAAGAACAGCACUACGAGCAGAUCCGGCGGGUCGUGGACGAAAUCCUUAGCAAGAGCGUACUCCCCGAGCCCACCGUUCAGGAGCUCAUCACCACGUACAUGAAGUACCUGCUUGAGAGGGGCACCAAAGAUGCAGCCAAAGAAUACAUGAAUCUCGAUCGUGAGAUCAACGGGCCGAUCUCGGUCCAGAAGCUACCCAAGGCGAACCCCGAAGCGAAUAAGGGACUUGGAGUAGUUAAUGGACAGGUACGUUGUCCUUCGCUGCUUGGCACUGACGCCGAGACUUACUGA